GGCACAACUGGAACUGAAAUUGGUCUGGCUCCCAGGCUAGGACCUCCCCCUGCCACUUCUGGUUCCGGGACCAGAGUCGCUCUCUGGACUUGGGCUUGGCGGGGAACAGGCAGAGCGGCAGGGUCGCGUGGGGUCUGGUGAGACUCACAUCUGGUCUGAAAGGUCACAGGGCCUCUGCUGUCGGGCGUCCUUCAGGGAGAGCAGAGCAAGGCCCCGGAGGGGGUGUUCCCCUUCCUGUAAGGCCUCUCGUGAGGAACCCAUGAUGGGGACCACAGAGCCUGGGCCAUGUCACACCCUGUGCAUGUGUCUGUCCUGUGGACUCUGAGGACUUUUAAGCUGUCUGCACCGCUGGGACCAUGGGAGGCAGCGUCAGGACCCAGACUCUCACCGCCCUUCUGUGUCUCGGGCUGUGUCGGGGUCCAUGGGACCAGGUACAGGCAGGGUACCUUCCCAAACCCUCCAUCAGGGCUGACCCCAGCCCCAAUGUCACCAGUGGGACCCCUGUGACCAUCUGGUGUCAGGCAUCUCUCCAGGCUGAUGUCUACUAUCUGUAUAAAGAGAGGGUCUCUGAACCCAUGUCCAUGGAGAUCUCACAGGAUUCCAGCAACAAGGCCAGUUUCUCCCUUGGAUUCAUGAGUCCGCACAAUGCAGGGCGAUACCAGUGUCAAUAUCACAGCAAGAACGGCUGGUCACAGCGGAGUGACCUCCUGCCCCUGGUGGUGACAGGAGUGUACAACCCACCCUCCCUCUCAGCCAUCCCAGGCCCUGUGGUGUCCUCAGGAGGGAACGUGUCCCUCUCCUGUAGCUCACAGUACCCAUGGCAAACCUUCCGUCUGCUGAAGGAGGGGGGAGCUGACGCGCCCCGACCCCUGGAAUUGAAGUUCCCUCGUGAGAAGAGGCAGGCACUGUUCCCUGUGGGCCCCGUGAGCAUCUCCCAUGGGGGGACCUACAGGUGCUACGUUUCUCCAGCUUCCUACCCGUAUGCGUGGUCACUCCCCAGUGACCCUCUGCACCUUCAGGUCACAGGCGCCUACAGGGAGCCCACCCUCCCAGCCCAGUUGGGCUCACUAGUGCAGCCUGGAGACAACCUGACCCUCCAGUGUCACUCUGAGGCUGGAUUUGACAUAUUCGCUCUGAUGAAGGAUGAGGGGCUCACACCUCCCGUGUGUCUAGAUGGGCAGCCCAGCCCCAACUUCUCCCUGGGCUGUGUGACCCCCUCCCACGGGGGCCAGUACAGAUGUUAUGGUGGACACAACCUCUCUUCCACAUGGUCGGUCCCGAGUGCCCCCUUGGACAUCCUGAUCACAAGCCUGUACAGGAAACCGUCCCUCUUGGCCCAGCCGGGGCCCUCAGUGUCCUGGGGAGAGAGUGUGACCCUGCAGUGUCGCUCGGAAAUCUGGCUCGACACCUUCUACCUGUCCAAGGAGGGGUCACCUGCUCCUCCCCAGCACAUUCGUCUGCAGGACACAACUGCACCUUAUCAGGCCAACUUCAACAUGAGUCCUGUGACCUCAGACCAUGAGGGGACCUACAGGUGCUAUGCCUCAUCCAGCACCUCUCCCUACCUGUUGUCACACCCCAGUGACCCUCUGGAGCUGCUGGUCUCAGGUGUGUCCAGGAAGCCCUCCCUCCUGACCCAGCAGAGCCCUGUCGUGACCCCUGGACAGAGGCUGACCCUCCAGUGUCGCUCUGACGUCGGCUAUGACAGAUUCGCUCUGUACAAGGAGGCGGCACAUGACCUUCCCCAGCACCUUAGCCUGCAGCCCCAGGCUGGGCUCUCGGGGGCCGACUUCCCCCUGGGCCCAGUGAGCAGCUCCCACGGGGGUCGGUACACAUGCUAUGGUGGACACAACCUCUCCUCCGAGUGGUCGGCCCCCAGUGACCCCCUGGACAUCCUGGUCACAGGGCAGCUCUCCUACACACCCUCCCUCUCAGUGCAGCCAGGACCCACGGUGGCCUCAGGAGAGAAUGUGACCCUGCUGUGUCAGUCCUGGAGCUCUGUGAACACUUUCUUUCUGUCCAAGGAGGGGGCAGCCGACCCUCCCCUGCGUCUUAGAUCAAAGUACCGAGCUGGACAUUACCAGGCCAAAUUCUCCAUGAGUCCUGUGACCUCAGCCCAGGGGGGGACCUACAGGUGCUACGGCUCAUAUAGCAACUUCCCCUACCUGUUGUCACACCCCAGUGACGCCCUGGAGCUCCUGGUCUCAGGUGAGGGAAGCUGAUUUUUGUUCCAUCCGUGUUUUGACCACCAGACAGGUUAUGGAG